GCUCUCGUUUUAUAGAAACGUUAUAUCUUGAUAAAGAUUAUUCAAUAUUACGAGAAUUAAACGUUUUGUUUAAUUCAAAUCGCAGAAAUUGUGACGCGAAAAGUUUAACAACUGAAGUUAAUAUUCGCGCAUUACAGUGGAAGGAAAUUAUGCUAUUAAUAGGAAAUUAUUAUUAUAUAUGGAAGAUAAUAAUAUUAUGCACAGUAGGCCUGGUGAUCGCCAAGAAGGCAACUUUUGACAAUUAUAAGGUCUUUAAAAUUGUUGUGACUACACAGAUGCAGGCUGAACGGCUCAAACAGUUGACAGAUGCAGUUCUUGAUGGAUUUUCCUUCUGGAGGGAUCCGUUAGUGAAUAAAGAAGUGGAACUUAUGGUAGCCCCGCACAAGCUACCCGAAUUCUACGAAGUGAUGGCACAGAUCCAAGCAUCCUAUGACGUUUAUAUUGAGAAUGUUCAGGCAUUAAUCAAUCGGGCAACGCCGAGGAUUGCAUCGACGACGUUUGAUUUUAGAAGCUAUCACACUCUCGACACAAUUUACAAGAAUCUAGAUGACUUGGCAAAGCAAUAUCCCGAUAAAGUACAAACUAUCGUGGGCGGCAAGACGUAUGAGGGACGUCCAAUCAAAGGCGUCAAGGUUUCCUUUAAACCCAACAAUCCUGGAAUAUUUCUCGAGGGUGGAAUUCACGCCAGGGAAUGGAUC